AAGCCUGAAAGCACUGAGAGUGGAAGAAGCUCUGGAAGUAGCAAUCCACGAUAUGACGACGACGUACGUCUUUGAAGACCAAGCACAGUCACACUGAAUCAUAUCCCCCUUUCUCAGAGGAGCGUCGCGAUGGAGGAGAAACACCGCGAAGCUGCCGUUCAACCGUCGUCCAACGUCGAUUCGCCGGCAUCCGAGUCGACUUCCUCCCGCCGCCGCUCCGGAGGGUUAAAAAGAAAGGUUAAUACUCUCGGCUCCUCGAAUUCCACGCCCACGCCCUCGAAACGUGUAACUCGCGAGAAGGCUUUGCCUGCUCAUACUCCUCCCUUACACAAUGGCCCCUUGACCCGGGCUCGUCAAAUCCCGAGCAACCAGGCCACCCCCUCCUCUUCAGCCUUGGUAGCUGGUGGCGGCGGCUCUGCUGCUGGCGCUGCGAAGCACUCACAGCAUGCGGUGACGUCUGAGGCUUUGGGUAGAGACUCAGGCGCGCAUGCGGAGGAUAUUAAGAAGGAGCGUGAGUGGGAGGCUCUGGAAGCUGCGAUCGAAACUGAAUUCGAAGCUAUCAGAUCUCGUGGUGCCAAUGCUCAUGUAGUUCCGAGUCAUUGUGGUUGGUUUUCGUGGACGGAUAUCCAUUCAAUAGAGAAGAAUGCAUUACCUUCUUUCUUUAAUGGGAAAACUGAAAAUCGGACUCCUGAUAUUUAUAUGGAGAUACGGAACUGGAUUAUGAAGAAGUUUCAUGCAAACCCAAAUGCUCAUAUUGAGCUGAAAGACUUGUCUGAGCUUAAUGUUGGAGAUUUGGAUGCCAGGCAAGAGGUAAUGGAGUUUCUGGACCAUUGGGGUUUAAUUAAUUUCCAUCCAUUUCCAUCUACGGACAAUGCUGUUGUCGGCACUGAUGAUGAUGGGCAAGCAGAAAAGCAGUCCUUGGUUGAAAAAUUGUAUCACUUCGAAACUGUGCAAUUAUGUCCGCGUGUUGUUCCAAAGACCAACCAAAUGACUCAAGAUAUGCCAUCUGGCUUGUUUCCUGAAUCAACAUUUGCUGAAGAGUUGGUGAAACAGGAGGGGCCAGCAGUUGAGUACCACUGCAACUCCUGUUCAGCUGAUUGUUCGCGCAAACGCUACCAUUGCCAGAAGCAGGCAGAUUUUGAUCUAUGUACUGAUUGCUUUAGUAAUGGAAAGUUUGGCUCUGGUAUGUCUUCAACGGAUUUUAUACUUAUGGAACCAGCUGAAGUCCAAGGGAUUAGUGGUGGAAAGUGGACUGAUCAGGAGACCCUCUUGCUUCUUGAAGCAUUAGAACUCUAUAAAGAAAAUUGGAAUGAAAUUGCUGAGCAUGUUGCAACGAAAACAAAAGCUCAAUGUAUAUUACACUUUGUUCAAAUGCCAAUUGAAGAAGCUUUUGUUGAUAGUGAUGUUGUUGCUGCCAAUUGUAGAGAAACUGCUGAUCCAGCUGCAGCUAAAAAUGAUUCAUCUAUUGUCAAAGAUGCAUCAGAAACUCUUGAACGUAAGACCAGUAAUGGUGAUGGACAAGUCCUGACCCCAUGCGAUGAAACUUUAAAGGCUGAAGAUGCUAAUAAAGUAAAAGUUGAUCAAGAGACCCUAAUGCCAGAAAAUGGCAGCAAUGAGAAAAUUAGUGAGGGAAAUGGCAAACCAGAAAAUGCUGCUGAAGUGAAACUUGGACAGGAAGCUAGUGACGGCUUUGUUCUAAAGGCUCUUGGGGAAGCAUUUGAAGCUAUCGGUUAUUCUCCUGGACCUGAAGGGCCCUUGUCAUUUGCGGAAGUGGGCAAUCCUGUGAUGGCAUUGGUAAGUGGGAUGCCUGGAUGCUUGAAAAUUAGCACAUUGCUUGCAGAGGUUUCGGUGACUUGUAACAGAUAUCAGUCCGUCCAUUCAGUCUGAAUUUAUUGAUGACACAUAAGGAAGGGAUUGAAAUAAAAUUAACUUGCAAAUUUGAAAGUUGUGUACUUGAUGGUGCUAGUUUUCAGUGCCUG